AUGGAAACUGACAGUUCUAAACAUAGCAGAUGUCGAUCUGCCACAUCAAGGUCCAGAAUCAUGUCGUCCUUGCAACGCUCACUUUCAUCAAAUGAAUUCGUCCUCCCAAAAACAAAUGCUUACAGGGCUAGCGAAACUAGAACAUCAAAUUUCAGAAAGUUUUACAAUCGAGGAGAUUUUCCCAUGGCUCUCGAACACGAUGCCAAGGGAAACAAAAUAGCUUGGAAAGUUGACGUUGCAAAACUUGAUUACCAAGUCUACCUCCCACUGUUUUUUGAUGGACUCAGCGAGACUGAUCAUCCGUACAGUUUUUUUGCAAAUCAAGGGGUCCAUGAUAUGUUAGCACACGGAGGGCACAAGGUGGCUUCUCUUAUUCAUCUUCUUAUUGGACCUAUUAAAAGUAAAAAUUAA